GUCCUGGAUUAAUCGGCAGGCGUUUGAAAUCUGUGCUGUCGGUAGAUGAUUUUCCGUACAGUGGAAUAUGCAUUUCAAAUAAUUUGCAGAUCUUUUUAAAUCACUUGCCAGACUCAUAGGCAUCCACAACCUUUAUUCUGAAGGCCUUACAGAACUCUUUAGAUCUUGGCAUGAUGACCCCACACACCUCAAUAACAAAGGGAACACCAGACACUAGAUAUGAGAGGGGUAUAAAUAAGACCGGUUCCACCUGCACUCCCUCAGCAGGUUCUAAUCACUGGAACCUGAUCUUCAACACCUGAGUAUAAUUUUAUGGAUUUGAAGGUGUGAUAAAUACAGUGGUGUACUUAAUUUUUCCAUGUAACUGAUCAGGGUUUUUUUUUUUUUUUUUUUUUCGUUUAAAUUGUGAAAAUUCUACAAAAUGUAAAUGUUAUGUGUCAUGUGAUAGAGUAUCAGCUUUAUUAAUAUCACUGUUUCACAGAGGAUCACAUGUUUGCUUGUCCAAAUAUGAUUUUAAAAAAACUAUUUCCAUGGGGUGUACUUAUUUUUUCACAUGACUAUAGAUAGAUAGAUAGAUAGAUAGAUAGAUCACUCUAUUCAUCCCAGAGGGAAAUCCACAUAUUACAGCAACACAGAGAGUUAGAAGUACACUAAAGUAAUUUAACAUGAUAAAUGAAACAAAUAAGAAUAAAUAUACGUGUGUAUCGACACGCUCGCUUCUUCGGUCAUUAUCUUCCAGGACUGAGCCGUUAUAAAAGUGAGGGUUAUACGAGAUUUAAACUAAUUAUUAUAAACGACACAGUCCGUCUAUCCUAACAGUACUAUAAUUGAUUAAACUGGUUUGUGUGCUCGAAACGACUUUUAAAACUUAAAAUUCGAACUUUAUAAUCGCGCUGUCUUAAUUACAAAUCUCUCACAGUCAAGUUCAACGCUGACUGACGAGAAACCGGAAAUGACGCAAUACGUCUGCUACCAAUCAGCAAAGAGCGCUAGAACACAAAGUACUCCCAACACCAAGAAUUAGACUAUCAAACUAUUAAAUAACCGUGAGGCGGGGUGGGGGUCGUGUGUCCCUCCAACUGUACACUUGGUUACGCCCAUACUCAACGCAAGUUCGUUGAUAUAUUUUAGCAUAUAUUUCGUUGAUUAUAUAUAUUAUUGUGUCUUUCUGUCUGUCAUGUUUGUGUACACACUGGAAGCUUCACUAAUCAAGUCCCUGUGUGGGAGCACUUGGUAAUGACGCUGAUUCUGAUUCUAAAACCUGGGUGAUGAUGGAACUUGAGAAUAUUCUGGAAUGACGCCACAGAAUGUGAAGAACAGAAAGCUGAGUUUCAAUGUUGAACUUGAACUUUCUAACUAACAGGCGGUUUAAUCGAGGUCAGUGCUACAAUGCGGAAUUUAAUGAGUUUAGCUCGCUCUCUGGCGGCAGAUCUUCCAGUGCGCCCCCUGUUGUAUGCGGCUGGAGCUGCAGUCAUGGCUGCAGGGGUUUAUUGUUAUUUUAAGAAGCGUGAAAAUGGAAAGAGAAGAAUAGAGGAGCCCGUGGACACACCUCUCACCGAGGACCCAGUGCAGAUGGUGUGUGCAGAGUCUGCUUUGGUGGAGUCAGACUUGAUAUCUGAUUUGGAUGGAGUCAGAGUCACACAGACUGACAGCACUGUCCCUGAGGAUUCUCUGAGGGAGGCUGAGGAGAAGAAUCAGAAGGACGAGGUGCCCAGUGCUCCGGUGGACAGCGAGAGGUCCAAACUGGAGGACAGAGUUAGGGAGUUGGAGGAACUGUGUGAGAUACACAGAGAGUGUGAUAUAAAAAACAAGAACUUGCAGGUCUGUCUGGCUGAAGCUGAGAGGAAAUACGAGAAGGUGAUGGAGUCCAAUGCUCAGCUGGAGAAUGACAACUCCACACUGAUCUCUGACAUGGACUUACUGCGAGGCUCAGUGCAGCAACAAAAGAAAGAGCUCCAUGAGACAUACAGGAAGUAUAAUAUGAUAAUGAUGGAGUAUGAGCAGGAGCGAGAGGCUCACAAUUUCCUGAAGUCUCAGUACGAUCAGAUGAAGGAAACUUUAACACACAAUGAGGAGUCAUUAAAGAACUUGCAGGUCUCUCUGGCUGAAGCUGAGAGUAAGUACAAGCAGGUGCUGGAGUCCAAUGCUCAGCUAGAGAAAGAGAACUUCUACUUGACAUCUGACUCAGACAUACUGCAAGACUCAAUGCAGGAUUAUGCGGAAGAGCUCCAUGAGGCACACGAGAAGUGUCACAUGAUAACAAUGGAGUGUGAACAGGAGCGAGAGGCUCAUGGUAUCCUGAAGUCCGAGUAUGAAGAGAUGAGGGAAAAUUUAACACACGACGAGGAGUCGCUAAAUGACAUGCAGGUCUCUCUGGAUCUAGCUAAGAGGCAGCGUGAGCAGGUGAUGAACUGCAAUGCUGAGCUACAGAAAGAGAACUCCGACCUGAUAUCUGACUCGGAAGUACUGCAAGACAGCAUGCACCAGUUGGAGGGAAAGCUCUGUACGAUCCAGCGCAGGCUUGCUAAGAUAACACAGGAUCGUCAGCAAGCAGUGGAGGCUUACAGCAUCCUGCAGUCACAGUACAAGGAGACAUUAAACCAGCGUGACCAGUUACUGAAGGAGUGUGAACGUGAGCGGGAGGCUCGCAGUAUGCUGAUGUCACAGUACAUUCAGAUGAAGGAAAAUUUACGCUCAACAAGGAGUUGCUAAAGGAGAGGGAGAAAGAGCAGGAGGCUCACAGUUUCCUGAAGAUGCAGUUUCAAGAGAUGAGGGAAAAUUUAGAACAGUGCACUAAACAACCGUGAAUCUGCGGAGUCUGUAGAGGCUGGGCGGCUGUGGCUCAGGUGGUAGAGUGGGUGGUCCACUAAUCGUAGGAUUGGCGGUUCGAUUCCCGGCCCACAUGACUCCACAUGCCGAAGUGUCCUUGGGCAAACACUGAACCCCAAGUUGCUCCUGAUGGCAAGUUAGCACCGUGCAUGGUAGCUCUGCUACCACUGGUGUGUUAGUGUGUGUGUGUGUGUGUGAAUGGGUGAAUGAGAACCAAUGUAAAGCGCUUUGGAUAAAAGUGCUAUAUAAGUGUGCCAUUUACCAUCCAUGAACCCCAAAUACCUGCCAGGGGUGGUGUUUACUUACUUGUACCCAAUGGUUUCUGUAAACUACAUUUUCAUUUAUGGCAUUUGGCAGACGCCCUUAACCUUACAUUAAGGUCUCAUUUAUACCUCUGAACAGUUGAGUGUUAAGGGCCUUGAUCUAGGACCCAACAGUGGCAGCUUGAUGUUGCUGGGGUUUGAACUCAUGAUGUUUGUCUGACUCAGCCUAAUGUCUUAUCUUCUGGGUUCUACCAAGCAUACCCUCUUAUACCCCUGAGCAUCUUUUAUAAUGUAUAGUGACCACUAAAUGUUAUUUCUAAUGUGUGUGUGUGUGUGUGUGUGUGUGUG